GACGUAUGAACAUGCAACCUACUGGGGAGCAGCCAGUCACUGCAGUAGGUGCCAAAGGUUUAGGCUAACCCUUGGGAAGAGCAGCAGACAUUUUAACGCGUCUGACUUUAACAUCUCAACCCUCCCUCUGCUGGGCUCCUGAGGAACUGCAGGUUACAAACACAACAAAAUGGCUGACCUGCAUAACGACAGAAGACAGAACUACAGACCAGGUUGUUUUUCAUUUGUGUAAUGAAUAAGAUGUGUAAGUGACAGCCUGGGAUUUCAUUGAUUUUAUCAUACACUUUGUACUUUUUUUUUUCCAGAAUUGAUUAAUUAACAGUGCAUGAGUGAUGAUGAUAAUGAUCAUAGUUUUUAAUAAGCCCAUGGUAAUCUAUCAUUCAUAAGCCAAUCUUAAUUGCUCUGCGCUCAUAUUAUCGCCACAAGCUACGAGUGAGCCGCGCUCUCCUCUCCUGUGCCAUUUUAAUGCAUCUCACUCCUCCAGUGCCACUCAACCGUGCGGCUCUUGAACGCAUCCAAGGCAAGUCAAGCACCUUUAAUCCUGUGAUGAACAGUCCAAAGAGCUCAAACAACCCCACUGCCAUUAGUUGGGUUUACCAUGUUACUAGACCUUUUUUUCAGCUCCUUCACAGGCUCCGCCUCCUCCACGGCGCGGCCCCGCCCACCGGGUCCGGGUUUUUGUCUGUGGCGGAGAACCCGCACGCCCCUCCCUCUUCAUGCUAAUGCUCUGCUCCCCGUUGCCCCCGCUUCCAAGAGCCGUGUGUGUUUCCAGCACACUGCUGGAUGGUUACUCCAUGCUGAGGUGCUGCUCUAGCACACGCUGUGUACGUCCUCCAAACCGGCCGCUUCGUCGCUAUUCAUACGUACCUUCGUCGGCUUUGGUCGCCGACUGCAGCACCGCGGCCGCUCCGGAGACUGUACAGGAGACGGAGGAAAACCAAAAGAAGUAAGGUUGAGGUCUCGAUCGUCCGGCGUCUGUAGACCAGCCCCGCCGCUACCGACGCUGGCGCCCGGCAGUGGUGUCUUUUUUUUGUGCACGAAAAGAGGAGGAGCUUGUCCGUGAGCGCAGCGGAGUCCGCGAACGCACGAGCACACAGUUGCUGUGGCGCGGCUCACUGGCGGACCGUAAAGCCGGCGGACUCCGUGUCCCCCUGAAAUCACACCUUGACCGCGCUGCUCGCCGGCACACGCUCCGGAAGAGCGCGACACCGGCAACGGGAGGAGGAGACGCUCGGGGUAACGGAUCCGGACUGAAAAUCGCGGGAACGUCGCAACGGCAGCAAUGGAAGUUGUUGUGACAGAGGAGAAGAAGAAAAUUUUCCGUGCCAAGAAAACAAUGAAGAUCAGCGACAGACAACAACUGGAAAGCCUUCAUAGCACAUUGUUGACAACAGCUCCAGGUUUGUCCGAACCAUCUCCGCCACCUCUGAUGAAUGGCACACACAAAGAGGAUGGACAGAAAAUGGGAGACAAAGAGCAAAACACCAUCUCGGACUCAAACUCGCCUAAUGCUCCAUCACCUACUUCUCCUGCUCCUUUUCUUUCUCUGAAUCUGUCCCCUUCCCCAGUCUCCUCACAAAGUCCAAAAGAAAAGGAAGAGACUCCCAACUCUCCCUCAUCACCAUUCCACUCUCUAAACUUUGAACUAAAAAAGAUGGAAGAGGAGAAAAAAGACUCUUCCUCAUCUUCUUCAAAUGAGUCCAUUCCUCCAUCAGUGUUGCCUGAUAAGAAUCAAGAAUUCGGCACUGAUGCGAUAUCAGAGAAAGAAAAUAAAGAGGAUGGACAGACUGCAAAAGUGGACCAAGCUGCAGAUUCAGCAAAGGGAUCGGUUAAAGGUGUGGUUCCACGUUUGCCUGCGCCACCGCCAGUAACCGACUUCACAGAACCAGUGGACAUAAAUAGUGACACUACGAAGGCCAAGGACACUGAGGCCUCUACAGCCAUAAUCAUUGAUGAAAAGCCUUCUACCCCUAAAACUAUAACGUCAGACUCCUCUUCCCCCUGUUCUUCCUCUUCUACUUCAGAUUCCUCUUCUUGUGCUGGUCUGUCACAAGAAAAGGAAAUCAAAGAUGAAGAGAAGGAUGACAAAGAUUUGAAGAAAGGAUUACUGAGAGAAGAAAAAAUGGACGUGGACUUUGUUAAAGUAGAGACCAAAAAGGAAAAAAACAGUGUUGGACAAACCAUGAAGCUGUCACGACCAUCAUCUACACCACCAUCUAACGCAGUGCAAGAGGAGAAGGGUUCGACGUCGGGAAUAAAACGCACAUUAUCAGAGGGUUUUGAAAAAGAGCAAACCGUGAGAAGAGAGGGAAAGAGACCCAAGAUGGAACGCGAGGAGCUGGAAGCGCAACUGGAACUUAAGAUUACUGCCAAAGCUGGCGGGCACCAUAAACUCGGAAAGAUUGUGCAACAGCUUGUGGAUGAACAGCUGAGGAUCUUAGAGCUCACCAUUUUUGAUAAACAUUUCCAAGAACUAAAAGAUAGAGUAGACAAGAUUGAUUGUGCAACCAAACACCAGACUGCUAUUAACACACUCCAAGCAAAGAUAGCGCGGCUUUCAAAGAAGUUUGGAGAGGCCAAUCAAAUGUCUGAGAACAAAAGGAAACAGGAGGCUCUAGCUGCUGCUGCUGCUGCUGCCGCCGCCAAGGCUGCAUCUGCUGCAACCCCCCCUCAAGCACAACGGCCGGUCCGGACAUCCUUAGAGGUAAAGCAGACUCCAACAACAACCUCUCCAUCCAACACAGCUUCAAAUCCUGCCCAACCAGCUCCUGCGCCUGCUGCUACCCCUGCUUCUGUUCCGACAACCACAUCUACCGCUAUGGUUCCUCCCCCCAUCCUCCAACUGAUCACCUCUACCCCCAAUGCUGCCUCUACUUUGGCCACUGGCAUCACCACUCAGAGUCCUACAGGCACCCUGCUGCUGAAGACUGCCCCCGGGAGCAGCAUGAUGGCUACAGGCCAGCCACUCCUCAUCCAGCUGCCUAUUUCAAUGGCUAAUGGCCAAGCAGGAACAUUGGUCAACAUUCCCGUCUCGCUGUCUGCAGCCAGUUCACUCAACAAGGCCAAAACCACUGCUACUACUACCACUUUUAUACUCAAGCCUGCUUCAACCACCACCGCUGCCCCAGUUUCUUCCCCAGCAUCUGCUCCUGCUGCUGCCACCACCACACUCCCUGCACUCCAGGCCUCCACUAGCCAGGCAACUUCUGCUCAAAUUUCGGUUGCCCGAGCCGUGUAUCCAGGAGGAGCUGGGGCAAUAACUACCCCUAAUGCUGGAAUAUCUGUGACCACAGCUAGGACACCAGCUCAGUCGGUUUCUGUAGCCGGGGCCAUGUCAUCAACUUCUUCACCUGCAACAUCUGGGCCUGCUGCCACUGGUUCCACCGCCCCAGGUCCCCCACAAGGGACGUCUCUGACAUCAAAGACAGAUAAUCAAUCUACAGGAUCCAAUUCAUCCAAGUCAGCGGCUUCAGCAGCGCGACCCAAAGGUUCUGUUAUUGACCUUACUGAGGAUGACGACGAUGUGCAAGUGACAGGAGUGAAGAAUGCUUCUCCCUCUACCCAGCGUUCCCACCCAGUCGUCACCAUUCCCAACAGUACAGGGGCAAGGUCAUCCCCUCAAAGCAACAGUACCUCCUCCAGCAAUCCACAGUUGACUAUCCACCACCGCCCCCCGCUGGAGUCUACAAUGAAAUCCCGCCCUGCAGCCCCUGCAGCAUCAGCGCGGGGUUCCAGCGUUGUACUGCCCCCCCUCCCUGCAGCACCUGUGAUUCCCCGUCUGCCCCCAGAAGCCGAGCGAAGCUCUCCUCCUCAGCAACCUCAGCUUAAGCUGGUGCCAAGUCAAACCGGUAUAGUGCUGUCUUGGUGCGUGGUAGAAACCGAUCGGACAUGUGCACCUGUAGACAGCUAUCACCUCUAUGCCUUUCAUCAAGACAACGCUAACAGCAAUGCGGCACAGCAGCACUGGAAGAAGAUUGGAGAGGUGAAGGCCCUUCCUUUGCCUAUGGCCUGUACACUGACCCAGUUUCAGUCUGGCUCCACCUAUCAUUUUGCUGUUCGAGCCAAAGACAUCUAUGGGCGUUUUGGCUCCUUCUGUGAACCCCAGUGCACAAAUGUUAUCAAUUCCAAUGCAAACUGAACAGUUUUGAAAAUUGCUGCAUUUGAAGAUUUAUGACUUUUAUUAGUUUUUGUGUUAAGAAUUCAAAAAUUGUGCGUUAAACCCAUACAGUAUCUGUAGAUAUCCCAACACGAUAACUGGUCUUCUGACUGACUUAGAGAAUUGAAACGGCAAACAGUUGGUUUUGUCUGGCUAUCGUAUGUAAUGUAUUUUUUUUGUAAUUUAACCUGUUGUACAUAAUUCAUCUGAAUCUCUACCAAGUCAGAUAUUCAUGUUGUUGACUUCUGUUCCUCUCAACCAGAUGUUUUUGUUUUUUGCUUCACUUCAGAAGAGGUGACAGGAUUACAAGUGUAAAACUAGAGUUGCACAGAAAGGUAUACAUGUGUAGUAGAAACUGAAUGAGAAUGUUUUGUAAGUUUUGUCUGGUAACCAGACUUUGACAAACACAAUAAAAGGUUUUAUUAAAGUC